UACCCAAAAAGCGUUUGUACUGUCGUACACCACCUUUGACCUCACGGAUGUCGCUUGCAAAGAGCAAAGGCAUAGUUUGCCAUGAAGAGUUUCUAUCACCCAAUAAUGUGAAUUCGCUUCGACGUAGAUAAAUUACAAAGUGACUUGACUUCUGAAAAGAACUAUACUUGGUCUACAGCUAAAGCAGCCCCUUUCGAGGGCGACUAGACUAACUGACAAUACUUUUCGCACACGGCCAGGGGGACGGCGUCAUCUAAUGUCGGCCCUCGUGGCAGCAGAGCCACCUCCUGAGUCGCACUACGGUCCAGAGCCGCGCUUCCCACUGUUCAGGGCACGGUAUUGCGCAGCCGCUACUUGGAGCUCCUCAGCCCGUAUGAUUAAGGACGCGGAACCCUCCACGUCCUCCAUUUCUCCAACCAGCUCGCAGCGCCCUAACCUGCGUUCCCUAGACCUCCGCUCACUACCAGUAGAGGAUACUGCACCAAGCGAGACGCAGCUGCGAAGGCAGAAGUACUUGUACUUUGAGAAACAUUGCUCCGAGGUGUCACCCGGAUUAUUUUUGUCCGGCGACUAUGUUGCAAAGACCCGCGACAUAUUGCGACAAGCGGGUGUCACACAUGUCCUGAACUGCGUCGGCUUCAUCUGCAAAGAGUACUUCAAGGACGAGUUGACUUACAAAACUUUGUAUCUGCAAGACACACCCGCUGAGGACAUCUCAUGUGUGCUGUACGACUGCUUGGACUACAUCCACAGCGCGCUGCAGGCCGGCGGGCGCAUCCUGGUGCACUGCAGCCAGGGCGUCAGCCGCUCUGCAACACUCGUCAUCGCCUACAUGAUGUGGCGCUGCGGCAAACCCUACGAUGAGAUCUUUGCUGCGGUCAAGGCGAUUCGCGGUGUGGCCAACCCCAACAUCGGCUUCACCUGCCAGCUGCUGCAGUGGCAGAAGCGGGCAGCGAGCGCCAAGACGCGCGUGCGGCUCUACCGCAUCGCGCCGCACUGUGUGCAUGCGCCUUCCUACCUGGUUCCCAAGCUCAUAACGCCACCCAAGCAGUACCCGCAUAACACCCACCGCGACCUGGACCCACGGGGGGCCUUCGUGCUGCAGACGCCGGCCGGGGGGCCCACCUACGUGUGGCGCGGGGAGGGCUGUCCAGACUCGUAUGCGGAGGCGGCGCACCGGGCCGCAUGGCAGCUGCGGAAGUUCGAGGGCGCGGGGCCGGUGGUGGAGGUGCGGCAAGGCCAGGAACCGGUGGAGCUGCGCAUCCUGUUGGACCCCGCGCCGCUAGACGCGGAGGCCGCCCGCCUCAACGCCAAGCGCUCCUCCAUUACCGGCGAAAUCGACCUGGCAACCACCUCCCGGGAGCAUGCAGCCUCAGGGGCAGGGGCCGCUACCACAGGAACCGGAGGAGCGGGGCAGCAGCAGGGGCAGGGGCAGCUGUCCUCCUCCUCUGCAGGCUGGCCCUCCAGUGACAUGGACGUGGACUUUCCCGGCGCAUCCGCCGCCUCCUGCACCUCCUCCUCCACACCCUUUGCGUCCGGGGGCAUGCUGCUUCCACCGCCGCCUGCCGACCGGGGGCCUCAGCAGCAGCAGCCGGCGCAACCACUGCAACUUCAGCACAACCUGCAGGGGUUUGGGGGUUCAGCAGGAGGGGCGCCGAUGGAUCUCGGGACGCCGCGAGGGGAGUCGCUGGGGGCCAGCAGGGCGGGCCGACCCGGCGGGUCGGUGUCCGCGGGCGGCUCCAUGCUGCCGCUGUCGGGGCUGCAGCAUCACCACGUCGCUGCUGGUGGCAUGGCGAACGGCUUGGGCGGUGAGAACGCUGGCAGCCUCAGCUGCAGCUCUCGGAGCGGCAGUGCGGCGAGCAGCUCUGGGGGUGCAAUGGCGGAGAGCGGAGGAGGAGGCGGAGGGGGGCUGCUGGAGGUUCCAAGAUGGGUGCCCAAGGAGGUGGACGAGUACACGGAUGACUACCUGCUCUUUGGCCACAGCCUGGGACAACAGGGGAAGGGUGCUGCAUCCGGAGGAGUGACGUUCGAUGGGACCAUGCGAGUAUCGUACGACACCGCUGGAGGUCUGUCUGCGCCAGGGAUAGCGGCGGCGGGGCCGCAGGCGGAGUGCCUGUUCGGAGGGCCCAACGGCCGACCUGACAGCCCGGCAACCAAAGAAGGCCGCCAUAAAAAGUUCCGACGGGCGGACUCCGAGCGCCCCAAACUGGGCUACUGGACGGCCGCCUGCUCCGACGGCAUAGGGCCCGAGCUGGCUCGCACGCACAACGUGUCCUCCCUGCAUGAGAGCGUGGACGAAGACGUGUUGGGGCUGCCGCUGGAGGGGCGGUGAGGGGAUGGGGAAGACCCGAACGGUGGCGGCAUGCGAGACUGCGGCUGUUGCGCGCGCGCCGCGUGCAAGAGCCGCGGAUGCUGCUGUUUGCCCGGUCGGAUGUCCGACCACCUGCAGCUGGUUGGUAGCCUGGCUGCCGAGCUAGCUGGGGGAGAAUCCAGCCGCUGGAGGGGCAGUGAUACGGCACGGUCUGGGGUUUGAUGGCGGUGGUGCGGCUGCUUCGGUGCACGGUAUGAAAAGGCAACAGCUGCUUACUGGUGGUAAUGUGGUCGCGCAUGCUGCUGUUGUCCUCUGUCAUGAUUGUCAUGUCACAUGAAGAUUGCGAGGGUUUGGUCGCGGUGUCAUUGUGCUGUACUCGUCUAUUGACGACGUGAGGAGUCGGACUGGCAGCUGGUGGUAGUGGUGUUUGGUGGUGUUGAUGCGUCGACGUGACGUGACGGAGAGACUAGUUAGGCUGGAGUACAUAGGCCUGACAACUUGGGCGGUGGGCGGAGGGAGGGGAGACUUCUUUAUGAUUGCCGUUACUACUCGGCCUUCUAAGUCGUGUUGGCCAAAUGCCGUGUACAGUCGUGCUUUGAAGGAGCGCAAGCAAGCUAUAAGCCGCAUGCACACACGCUGCUGUACGUUCUUCGCGGCCAUUUUUCUUAACACACGCUGCGGCCAUUUUUUUCAAGACACUCUGCCUCAAUC